AUGAGUCAAGAAAUGGAUGUUCCAUUUCCUCCUGGUCUGUGGAAGCCAGUCAAGUUAUUUUAUCAUCCGUCAAUGAAAAAGUUAGCAGAAUCAAUAGUUACAAGAGUUACAGAGAAAAAACUUAGAAUGGGAAGAGUAUGGUAUUUGGUAAGAUCAUUUCGCCUCAUUCUUGCUUACUUUCCAACAGCUACAAUGGAAAGAGUUGAUAAAGAGGACAGAUUGUCACAGCUAAAAGUUUUAGCUACAAUGUUGUCUGUGAUACCACUGGCUGCUAGAGGACCUGCUCAAAUCUUUGUUUUUGAUAUUCAUGCACUUCGGGAAAGUUUCUAUUUUUCUGAUCAAGUCAUCCAAAGGCUAUUAACAUUUAUGCCAUAUCUUAUUAAAGAACUUAAAAAGUUACCUGAUGUUAAUAAUCUUGCUAUAGCUUUCCCUGAUGAAGGAGCUUAUAAAAGAUUUCACGUCUCCUUUGAACAAUGGCCUAUUAUUACUUGUAGUAAAACUAGAAAUGGUGACCAGAGAAAAGUUGUCAUUAAAGAAGGUGAUCCUAAAGGUAGACAUGUUGUUAUUGUUGAUGAUCUUGUACAAACAGGAGGAACUCUAAUGGAGUGUGCUAAAGCUAUAAAAUUACAAGGAGCUACUGAUAUAAGUCUGUUUGUUACACAUGCUGUGUUUCCUGAGAGAUCAUGGGAACAAUUUACAACAAGUGAUCUUCAAUUUGCUAAUUUUUGGAUCACAGACUCCAUUCCUCAUGCUAAUGAAAUAUCUCAACAUAAACCAUUUAUGUUAUCACUGGCUGAGGGUAUUGUUGAGGCUCUUCUUUCAUUUGAUCUCCUGCAAUAA